GAUAUCACCAAGCUGCUCUCCCUGCACCGUCUGCCCCCCAUCUGACUGGAAAACAUGGGUCUGGAAAACGAGAAAUCGGACACAAGUAUAAUUAUGGACGAAGACGAGUUCAAUAGAUCCAUAGAGCCCAUUCUGUCGAAGAAAGGAAAGGUGUACUACUCAGAGGCUCCGGACCGAGAUCCACACGAUAUCAACGCGCACUUGAAGGUUGGUUUUGAAGAUGUCAUCGCAGAGCCUAUCUCCUCUCACAGCUUUGAUAGAGUGUGGAUAGGAAGCAACGCAGUGUUUGAGCUGAUAAAGUUCAUCUUUUAUCGCUUACUGACCACGCUGCUGGCUGUCCCCAUGGCUUUCAUCCUCGGACUGGUCUUCGGGGUGCUCAGCUGCAUCCACAUCUGGUUGGUGAUGCCUGUGGUCCAGAGCAUCUUGAUGCUGUUACCAUCGAUCCAGGUGGUGUGGAGGAGCCUGACAGACAUGUUCGUAACGCCGCUCUUCCACAGCAUGGGAAAGACACUGUCGUCCAUUCAUGUUAAAACCACAGAGAACUGAUGCAGACACCUCUCUGUCCCUGAGGAGAGAGAGA